CUAACCUACAAGUAGAUGAGUUCCCACAGACAGGCCAAAAAAUGAUAAUGUGUUUUCCACACACAAAUUAAUAGUGCAGAAAGUGUUCAUAAUAAAGUAAGUUGGCAAACAAGGAGAAAGUAUAGACCCCAUAAAAAAGCUGCUUGUAGUAUCAAUGAUAUCAAGGCCCACAUGCCCAGCACAUGAAACUCAUCAUAAAAAAAGAUGAAAUUAUUGAAAAGAAGAUUAAAAAAGGGGCAACUACAAUUGACGGGAUACAAAAGUGAGUUUAUCAAGAAAUCAUAAAAUGGCACAUGCAUUUAUGAGUAGUAUUUUUUAGUUGUCCAAAUUAAGGAAGCUCAUAUACCAUGCACACAAAUCUGGCGUUCAUUUGCUAUACUUAGUAAGGUAAGUCUUUUGUUAAUCUUUACUAUUUUCGACACUCUCAUUUUCAGCAGUGGUACUUGAUGGCAAAGAAGAAGACCUGGUUCAGUCUAAUAAAGAGGCUUUUCAUUUCAGAGCCACAAUCAAGAAGGGACAAGGAUAAGCGAAGGAGAUGGGCCUGCAGAUUGCUUAAGAUGAAAGAACUAGGGCCAUCCUCUCCGAGAGAAAGGCUUCCAUGGCAACUCACAGAACAGAGUUCUACUUCUGUUCCAGUUACCAUUGCAACAGACACUCCUGAGCUUCGGCAGAUCCCCAGCAAUGGGGAAACAGCCCAUCCAGAAUCUUCAGAAAGCCACAGUUGUGCCGUUGUUUUGAAAAUUCUUCGUCAACACAACAUCACAUCAGAAGCUUUGGCUGCAAUCAAAGUUCAAGCUGCAUUUCGCGGUUAUUUAGUGAGUUUAUUUAAGAUCCUCUAUUUGGAUGGCAAUUCAACUCAGCAGGCAAGGAAAGCACUACGAGCACUGAAAGGAGUCGUCAAGCUUCAAGCUCUAAUUCGAGGUUGGGCUGUUCGAAGGCAAGCUAUCAACACCCUCAAGUGUCUGCAGUCCAUAGUAAACAUCCAAUCAGAAGUUUUCUCAAAGAGGUGUGAAAGAGUUAAGGAGUUGCAGUGUCAAGAUCACAAAUCACAGGAUUUCAGCGAAACAGACAUAAAGGUAGAUUUCAACAGCCAAAAGAGGUGGGAUGAGAGUGCAUUGACCAAGAGAGAGCUAAAACCUCUGCUUCUUACUAAAAGAGAGGCUUCUAUAAAGAGAGACCAGGUCAGAGAAUACUACUUGAACCACCGGAGAUCAGCAGAAACAGAACGCGACAAGGUAUAUGGGAGACGGAGAUAUUGGUUGGAACAAUGGGUAGAUUCCCAACUAUCUAAAAGUGAGAGUCCGCACAAUUUGGAUAGAACUUUGUCAGCCAAUUCAAGAACCAUUGCUGAAAUCGGGGGAAAACUAAACUUUCAAAAGAAACAUCAAGCAGACAUGUCCGAGUCUCCUGCAGAUGUCCCAAGAAAAUCUUAUCAUCAUAGGAAGCAGCGCUCCACAGGAGAUGAAACUCUAUUUGUAGGUUCUCCUAUUGUUCCUGCAUACAUGGCCUCCACAGAGUCUGCCAAAGCAAAAGCUAGAUCAACGAGCUCGCCAAGAUUACGACCAAUUAGUUUUGAUGUAUAUUCUGAGAGUACCUCUCCUUAUAAACAUAAGCUGUCUCCAGUAUCAUCUAUCAAUAGUGAGUUGACGAGCAGUAGUUGGAUUGGGAAUCAUAUGGCAUCCUCUCAUCGAUCCCCACGCUUUAGAGGGUCACCUGGUCCAAUCAAAUCAACGAUGAGCACGAAGGAUUAAACUUUGGGGGAUUCACCACCAAACAGGUACUAAUGUUGCUCCCACAGCUUGUGCAUGUCCAUUGGGAAAUAAAAUGUAACAAGCAUCUGGUUUGGAUUUUUUUUACUUAAGUUUUAAGUAAAAUAUUGUAAUUUAUCUUAUAACCAGCAUAUGAAAGACCAUGUCAGUGAUAAGUCCAUUCUAUUACAAGAAUUAGAAAGUAACUUAUAAAGGACUCUCUAAUUUCAAUCUA